CCAUGCUGUUAAAAUCCACAAGGACAACUCUAGUAUGUACGUUAUACAUUUGGUGAGAUAUUUGUCUGUAAUUUACAGUCUAAUUAAUUAAAAAAUGGUUUUAAAAAAACUCGACAUAAAAUGGUUUUAAACAUUUGGACAGGUUUUUAUAAACCAUUAAAACUAGGAGUAGUACGCGUAUACAGCGGAGUAACGUCCGACAGUUAAGUAGUUAAACACGUUUUUGAUGUUUUUCGUGUUUAACUCUUGUCUGUCCUGUUCGCAAAAAAAAAUCCAGAUUUACAACUGGGAGUUACAUCUUUUGAAAAAAAAAAUAAAGAAAAAAAAUCAGUAAGGCAGUGAUGACGUCAUCGAGUUGGACGUCUCCUCCCGCCGAACGUGCCUAGGCUGUUUAAAAAUAAAAGGAGCAGCGUCGCUCUGUCCGUGUUGCUCAGUGAAUCAGUCGCUGCUUCUCAUCAGUUUCUCGCUACUUGCACAGAAUAUACUGCAAGGACAACAUCUCGUGAGUUUUUCCUCCGUCACAUCCAACAGCCUUCGUCAUGUCUAAAGGAACGGUGGUUCUGGCCUACAGCGGUGGACUGGACACGUCCUGUAUUCUGGUCUGGCUGAAGGAACAGGGCUACGACGUCAUCGCCUUCCUGGCCAACAUUGGACAAGAUGAAGACUUCGAAGCUGCUCGGGCCAAGGCUGUAAAACUGGGCGCAAAGAAGGUCUACAUCGAAGACAUACGUGCGGAGUUCGUAAAGGACUUCAUCUGGCCGGCCGUCCAGGCCAACGCUGUCUAUGAAGACCGCUACCUGCUGGGUACUUCGAUAGCACGACCCUGUAUUGCACGCCAUCAAGUAGAAAUUGCCAAAAAGGAAGGUGCUCAGUUCGUGUCCCAUGGCGCCACAGGAAAGGGUAACGACCAGGUCCGCUUUGAGCUCACGUGUUACGCCCUCUACCCGGAAGUUAAGAUCAUCGCACCCUGGAGGAUUCCUGAGUUUUAUGGCCGUUUCAGGGGAAGAGUCGACCUGAUGGAAUACGCACAGAAGCACGACAUCCCGGUGCCUGUGACUCCUAAAGCUCCUUGGAGCAUGGAUGCCAACUUCAUGCACAUCAGCUACGAGUCCGGCAUUCUUGAGAAUCCCAAGAACCACGCUCCAGCUGAUCUGUACCUGAUGACCACAGACCCCAAAGACUCCCCCAACGACCCUGACCAACUGGAGAUAGAGUUCAAAAACGGUGUACCGGUCAGAGUGACCAACAUGAAGGAGGCGGUGUCCAAGGACUCCCCACUGGAGAUCUUCUCCCUCCUCAAUCAGAUUGGAGCCAAACACGGCGUCGGCAGGAUUGACAUCGUAGAGAACCGUUUCAUCGGGAUGAAAUCCAGAGGUAAGGAAUUAAACCUCCACCUGAUACUUAACCUGUCUUCACUUCUGACACCUUUUUCUUCUCCUGGUGAUGAAUCGCUCUGACAGAUACAGGGAUAU